AUGGAUGAAUUACUUGCAAAAGCAGGAAGUCAAGCCGUUACUUUUGCAAUCAAAUCUGGUAUUUCCAUUGCAUCUAGCUAUGCCAUCAAAACGGUAGCUACCUUCGUAACGAAAGUUCCAGAAAAGGAUGCUACUAACCUGAUCAGGCUUCGGGCAAAGCUCGAAACACGUAUCGAAAUUGUUUCUUCUGCUAUUGAUCUCAUCAAAUUAGUCGCGGCUAAAGGCAACACAAAUUUGCAAAGCACAUUGAGGCUGACAAGUGAUUUGAAAGAGGAAAUUGAUUCUUUUGAUUCCAAGAUUACUUUGAUUACCGAAAACUAUCAGAGUACAAAAAAUGAAAGAGAGUCAAUAGUGGCUGUUGAAAACUAUAUUAAUGGUUUACUGGCCAGAAUUGAGGAAGUUAUUCCCCUAAUAAAUCUUUCCCUGACUACAUCUGGAGCUAAUCUCAGCACGGCAUUACCACAACAUGUUUCUCCAGGUAGGCUACUACAGGCCUCGAAUUUUCUCAUCAAGAGUAACGACGCAUUCAAUGGUGCUGAGAAAUGCCAGGUGGGUCCAACCUUUGAACUCACUUUGUUUUCUGUAUUUUACCAUAUGGUGUCUUCGGAGACAAAAGAUGUUGGUAAACCUCGCAUUACUUGGAAAGAAGAUAUGAAGAAAGCGUUAGUCACAAUAUGGAGGAAACCGGAUGAACGUAGAGAUUAUGAUUACUCUGUGAGAAUACAAGAAAGUUUUGAUGAUGGCAGAUAUCACGACACUGACGAAGAAACCCCGAAGCUUAUCGAAUUACAAAUUUGGCAAAUUAUCAAGCUUUUCUUCAGUGCAUCAGGCAAAUUACUUAAACUUGCGGAGAGAAAUUCUUCCGUACUUGUCCUGAAAGUUGAUAAAAAUCUAAAAAGUCCUCUUCAGGAUGAUUGGAAUACAUCGAUUCAAGAUAUCGAAUGGUUUGCUUUGGGUGAAUACGAAGGAGAAGAUGCUUCAGAUUCCGAAUCAGAUUCAACAACUGACGAAGAACCACCUCUUGCAGUUGUUGAAAAUGAAAUCAGUCACUCUAUAGCCCUCCUUGAGUAUUUGCUCAGACUAGCGUCCCUGCAGUGUAGUGACCAACAAAGUGUGUUGGAAGUUCACGAUGAGAGGCUCUCCCUUUAUCUCAAUGACGAAAAUCCAAACUCAGUCACCGCCAAAAGAUACAAUGUGGAAGAAAUAGCGAAAAAAUUGCAAGAGAUAGACUUGAAGAGCGCCUAA